AUGCACGUUCGUGCCGCCGCGGGCCCUGCUAGUCCCGGCUGCUGGCCGCCUCCGCGUGCGCGCGAGGUAGCCGCGCCCGGCAGGCUGGCUGGCUUGGCACUUGUCGCCGCCGCCGCCGCGCCGUGGCCGCAGGCCCCGCUGGCCGCGCCGUGGCCGCGCCCUGGCCGCGCCGCCGAGCCGUGGCCGCAGGCUCCGCUGGUCGCGCCGUGGCCGCGCCGUGGCCGCGCCGCCGCGCCACUGGCCGGGCCACGCCGCCCCGCCCCGUCGACUGCACCGUGCGUGCGCACGGGCCUGUCGAGGCCGCCGCCGCUCGGGCGCUCAGGCGCUAGGGUUGGAAACCCUAGCGACCCUGAGCUGAUGGCCGGAAUUGUCCACAAGGAGUUUCCUGAGUUGGCCCAGACAGGGCUGAACUACCUGUCAUGGUCCUCGGACUGCUCUGCACUUUCUCCAUCAUCACCUGUCACCUACUCUGAAAGAUGA